AUGCCGAGCGGGCAGAGCCCGAGCCCCGGGCAGAGUCAGCAGCGCCUCUGCCUGGCCUUCCUGCUCCUCCAACUCCUGGGCCAGGUAGCCUCGGCUCAGCAGUGUCCCUCACCGUGCCCGGCCCGGUGCCCCUCUGCGCCGCCGUCCUGCGCCCCCGGGGUGCCCGCGGUGCUGGACGGCUGCUCAUGCUGUCUGGUGUGCGCCCGCCAGCGCGGGGAGAGCUGCUCGGAGCUGGAGCCCUGUGAGGAGAGCAGCGGCCUCUACUGCGACCGCAGCGCUGAUCCCCGCACCCAAACUGGCAUCUGCAUGGUGCUAGAAGGAGACAAUUGUGUGUUCGAUGGGGUCAUUUACCGCAGUGGGGAGACCUUCCAGCCCAGUUGCAAAUAUCAGUGCACCUGCAGAGACGGGCAGAUCGGCUGUGUGCCUCGCUGCAACCACGACCUGCUGCUGCCCCGGCCUGACUGCCCAGCGCCAAGGAAAGUGGAGGUGCCCGGGGAAUGCUGCGAAAAGUGGAUCUGUGACCCGGAUGAGGAAGAGGGCUUGGGAGGCCUUGCCCUACCAGCCUACAGGCCAGAAGCCACCCUUGGAGUUGAAGUCUCUGACUCAAGUAUCAACUGCAUUGAACAGACCACAGAGUGGAGCGCUUGCUCCCGGAGCUGCGGCAUGGGCUUUUCCACUCGGGUCACCAACAGGAAUCGGCAAUGUGAAAUGGUGAAGGAGACCCAGCUCUGUAUGGUGCGGCCCUGCGAACAAGAGCCAGAGCCCCCCACGGAGAAGAAAGGGAAGAAGUGUCUCCGCACCAAGAAGUCGCUCAAAGCCGUCCACCUGCAGUUCAAGAACUGCACCAGCCUGCACACCUACAAGCCCAGGUUCUGCGGGGUCUGCAGCGAUGGCCGGUGCUGCACCCCCCACAACACCAAAACCAUCCAGGUGGAGUUCCGGUGCUCCCCAGGACAAAUCGUCAGGAAACCAGUGAUGGUCAUCGGGACCUGUGCCUGUCACACCAACUGUCCACAGAACAACGAAGCUUUCCUCCAGGAUCUAGAGCCCAACACCAGCAGAGGAGAGAUGUAA